CUCGUCCUCGCCGCCCGCAGCCCCGUCCCCGCCGCCGCCGCCCCCCACCGGGGCAUGGCCUGUCUGAUGGCCGCUUUCUCUGUCGGCACCGCCAUGAACGCCAGCAGUUAUUCUGCAGCGAUGACGGAGCCCAAGUCCGUGUGCGUCUCCGUGGAUGAGGUGGUCUCGGGCAGCAUGGAUGCCGCCGAGACGGAGCUGCUGAACGGACACCUGAAAAAAGUGGACAACAACCUCACAGAGGCCCAGCGCUUCUCCUCCUUGCCCCGGCGGGCGGCGGUGAAUAUUGAAUUCAAGGACCUCUCCUACUCUGUGCCGGAGGGACCCUGGUGGCGGAAGAAAGGGUACAAGACCCUUCUGAAGGGAAUUUCCGGAAAAUUCAACAGUGGUGAACUGGUGGCGAUCAUGGGUCCCUCCGGGGCUGGGAAGUCCACGCUGAUGAACAUUCUGGCUGGAUACAGGGAGACUGGCAUGAAAGGGGCGGUCCUCAUCAAUGGCAUGCCUCGGGACCUGCGCUGUUUCCGGAAGGUGUCCUGCUACAUCAUGCAGGAUGACAUGCUGCUGCCGCACCUCACCGUCCAAGAGGCUAUGAUGGUUUCUGCCCAUUUGAAGCUCCAGGAGAAGGACGAAGGCAGACGAGAGAUGGUAAAGGAGAUCCUGACGGCACUGGGCCUGCUCUCCUGUGCCAACACUCGGACGGGCAGCCUCUCGGGUGGCCAGAGGAAGCGCCUGGCCAUCGCACUGGAACUGGUCAACAACCCGCCCGUCAUGUUCUUCGAUGAGCCCACAAGCGGCCUGGACAGUGCCUCCUGCUUCCAGGUGGUCUCCCUGAUGAAAGGGCUGGCCCAGGGAGGGCGCUCCAUCAUCUGUACCAUCCACCAGCCCAGUGCCAAGCUCUUCGAGCUGUUUGACCAGCUGUACGUCCUAAGUCAAGGACAGUGUGUGUACCGGGGCAAAGUCUCCAACCUUGUGCCCUAUCUGAGGGAUUUAGACCUCAACUGUCCCACCUACCACAACCCAGCAGAUUUUGUCAUGGAGGUGGCUUCUGGCGAGUAUGGCGAUCAGAACAGCCGCCUGGUGAGAGCCGUUCGCGAGGGCAUGUGCGACUCGGACUACAAGAGAGACCUCGGGGGCGAUGCCGAGGUGAACCCCUUUCUUUGGCACCGGCCCUCCGAAGAGGUAAAGCAGGCAAAACGAUUAAAGGGGUUGAGAAAGGAUUCCACUUCCAUGGAAGGCUGCCACAGCUUCUCGGCGAGCUGUCUCACCCAGUUCUGCAUCCUCUUCAAAAGGACGUUCCUCAGCAUCAUGAGGGACUCGGUCCUGACACACCUGCGGAUCACCUCGCACAUCGGCAUCGGCCUCCUUAUCGGCCUGCUCUACUUGGGGAUCGGGAACGAGGCCAAGAAAGUGCUCAGCAACUCCGGCUUCCUCUUCUUCUCCAUGCUCUUCCUCAUGUUUGCGGCCCUCAUGCCCACCGUGCUCACAUUUCCUCUUGAGAUGAGUGUAUUUCUUCGGGAACACCUGAAUUACUGGUACAGCCUGAAGGCCUACUACCUGGCCAAGACUAUGGCUGACGUCCCCUUCCAGAUCAUGUUCCCAGUGGCCUACUGCAGCAUCGUGUACUGGAUGACCUCGCAGCCAUGCGACGCGGUGCGCUUCGUCCUGUUCGCCGCUCUGGGCACCAUGACGUCACUCGUGGCCCAGUCCCUGGGCCUGCUCAUUGGGGCUGCCUCCACAUCCCUGCAGGUGGCCACCUUCGUGGGCCCUGUGACUGCCAUCCCGGUCCUUCUCUUCUCGGGAUUCUUCGUCAGCUUCGACACCAUCCCCACGUACCUGCAGUGGAUGUCGUACAUUUCCUACGUCAGGUACGGGUUCGAAGGCGUCAUCCUGUCCAUCUACGGCCUCGACCGGGAAGACCUGCACUGCGACAUCGCCGACACCUGCCACUUUCAGAAGUCGGAGGCCAUCCUGAAAGAGCUCGAUGUGGAAAACGCCAAACUGUACCUGGACUUCAUUGUCCUGGGGAUUUUCUUCAUCUCCCUGCGCCUCAUUGCCUACUUCGUCCUGAGGUACAAAAUCCGGGCGGAGAGGUAAACUGCUCAGCUGCCAGUCGAGAGGAAAUGAGGCAUGGCAGCCAAGGGCACGUCCAGGACUGUGGCGGCAGGCCUGUGGCCCCCCCUGUGGGGACCAUGGGGACCCUGCCCCUGGAAAGCGCUCGUGGUUUGUUGGGGGUCUAAGUGCUCAACUUCUCCACCCGCUGGGGCUGGGUCUUCUCUCCAUUACGCUUUCUAACUUUACCUAGGAAGAAGACACAAGUUGGUUUUUCUUGUGUUUAUGUUAUUUGAACGUGCAGAGUUUAAAAUGCCACCACUGGGGUGGCAUUUAAAACUGCAAAACAACAUGGGACAAGAAGGUUCCUUGGUAAAUAUGCAUCCUUCUGCGCUGGACCGGACACCUUCCAUUCUGGGCAAGGGAUUGGCAGGCACCCCCUGGGCUGCAGGUGGCAUGGCCUCCCCGGAUGUCUGGAAAGAACGUGGAAGCGUGGAGUGACUCCGUUCUACGACUGUUGUCUUUUCAUAGCUGUCGUCUUUCAAAGGUUUGUCUCUUUCCAGAGAGAAGCAGCUCACCAAGCCAAACGCCGGUAAAUGUCAUGCCUUUUAAGAAAUCCUAUCUUUUUAAGGACUCACUCAAGAAACCGUGCAGGAUUGAUAACCUGCCUUGUAGAGACCCAAUGGGUCGGCCUCAAUCACUGAGCUGGUCUCGCUGACAGAGAGAACUUGGGGCAAAGAGUGAAAUGCUCAUUACAGGUCGAGUGAAGAUUUUGAAACUGGAGGCAAGGAUGAUGUGUAGAACAUGGGGGGUGGGGGGAGUUAGCAUGAAAUUGGCCAACUCUUUCAAAAUCUUUUCUUUUCCUUAUAUUUCUUAUGUUAUGCAAAAUAUAUGUAUAAAUAUUUUUUUUCCUUUCUAAAUGUCUGAGCACCUUAAUUUUGCCUAAUGUUUUUCCCAGAUCAACUUUCAUUUAAAAAAUGUGUGUGUGUGUGUGUGUGUUCACAUAUCAUAUCGACUACCUCCACUGAAGGUUGGGCUUGGGGACAUUGUGGGUGUCUGAGCUUCAGGAUAGGCGUGCAGGCACAGGUGGGGAAAGACAAGAACUCUCCUAGAGGCCAAGGUGCUGACCCAAGACCUCGGGGAAGGCAUGUGCUGCUUGGAGAAUUGUGAGCCACUGCACCUCUUGGGCCUGGGCUUUGUUGCAUUUCAGCUACGGAAUCAAAGAGGCACCACCCCAUGGUUGGGACUUGUGUAAACCCUGCAUAUUCUUAAAUGAAAACCCCUAAAAUUCCAGUGACACUGUUACUAACUAAAACCCUCUAGAGCAAGCAGGCUGAACACCCCUUAGAGGACCUUUAUAAUCCAUAGCAGGGCUGCUCACAGUCCACUGGCUGCCUCAUUGCAAGGGCAGGAGCUGAUAGUAGCCAAAGAAGACCAUCUGGAAGACAAUGCAGGUCUGUCCCCCUUCCAGAAGGUCGGUAUUCUGGGACCAGGGUCUUCUAAUGGAAGAUUCCCAUUUUCAUGAGCAAAGUAACUGGCCUCCCUGAGCCUCGGUCUCCUCCUCUGUAAAUAAUAGCACUAGAUCGUUGGCCAGGCCAUCUCAGCUCUAGGAGAAGCUGAGAUGCUUCCAUUGACUUUCUGAAGCUCUGAUUUCUUUCUUUAAGAGCGUGAGAAGGGUCCAGGGAAGGUCUACAUUGUUCACACGAUGAUUUGCUCUGUAAACGCAAAGAGAUUUCUUUUUGACCCCUAGUUCUUUUUGAGUAAACUCCAUGACAUAUAUGAAAAUAAAUAUUAAACACAACAUUGUAUUCCAAAAAUGUCUAACCAGAGUUAAUAGCUUUCAUAUAUAUAUAUAAAGCUAAUAGCCAUAUAUAUAUUUUAUAUAUGUAUAAAAUUAAGUUGUUGAAAGGUUAUAUAUUGAUGUUUUUCAUCCAUUUUCUAGAUAAAUUUGCCUAGAAGACAUCAUAUAUAGAGGGGACUCAAGAACAAAGAGCUAGGUGGAAUAGAGAAUUGAAAA